AUGGCUGAUCCCAAGGCGACCGGCGCUCCUGCGCUGGACACCAACAUCGAGUCUGGCGGCUUUGACGAGAAGCGCGCCCACGAUGCCCCCCACCACGACUCGACUGCUGCCGCCGAGGGCGGCGCCAUUCCCCCGAAGGCUUCCAAGCCUGCCGAGGAAGAGGAGGAAGACGAGGACAUGGAUGCUCUCAUUGAGGACCUCGAGUCUGAAGAUGGUCAUCAGUUCGAGGAGGAGGACGAGGACGUCAACCCCGGCGGCGGCCGCACCGUCCCCGAGGACAUGCUCCAGACCGACUCGCGCGUUGGUCUCACCGAAUCUGAGGUCACCGCCCGUCGCAAGAAGUACGGUCUCAACCAGAUGAAGGAGGAGAAGGAGAACCUCCUCCUUAAGUUCCUCGGUUUCUUCAUUGGUCCUAUCCAGUUCGUUAUGGAGGCUGCCGCUGUCCUUGCUGCCGGUCUCGAGGAUUGGGUCGAUUUCGGUGUCAUUUGCGCUCUGCUCUUGCUCAACGCCUGUGUCGGUUUCUUCCAGGAAUACCAGGCCGGCUCCAUCGUCGACGAACUCAAGAAGACCCUCGCCCUCAAGGCUGUCGUCCUCCGUGAUGGCACACUAAAGGAGAUCGAGGCCCCCGAAGUCGUUCCCGGUGAUAUCCUCCAGGUUGAGGAGGGUACCAUCAUCCCCGCUGAUGGUCGUAUCGUCACUGAGGAUGCCUUCCUCCAGGUUGACCAGUCUGCCCUGACCGGUGAGUCGCUCGCCGUCGACAAGCACAAGGGUGACAACUGCUUUGCCUCCUCCGCUGUGAAGCGUGGUGAGUGCUUCAUCAUUAUCACCGCCACUGGUGAUAAUACUUUCGUUGGUCGCGCAGCUGCCCUCGUCUCCCAGUCUGCUGGUGGCACCGGUCACUUUACUGAGGUGCUCAACGGCAUCGGUACGAUUCUGCUCAUCCUCGUCGUCCUCACCCUCCUCGUCGUCUGGGUGGCUUCGUUCUACCGCUCCAACGGCAUUGUCAAGAUCCUUAAAUUUACCCUCGGUAUUACUAUUGUUGGUGUACCCGUCGGUCUUCCCGCUGUCGUCACCACCACCAUGGCUGUCGGUGCCGCCUACCUCGCCAAGAAGCAGGCCAUUGUCCAGAAGCUCUCUGCUAUCGAGUCCCUCGCUGGUGUCGAGAUUCUGUGCUCUGAUAAGACCGGUACCCUGACCAAGAACAAGCUCUCCUUGGCUGAGCCCUUCACCGUCGCCGGUGUCGAGCCCGAUGACCUCAUGCUCACUGCCUGUCUCGCUGCCUCGCGCAAGAAGAAGGGUAUUGACGCCAUCGACAAGGCCUUCCUCAAGUCCCUCAAGUUCUACCCCCGCGCCAAGUCAGUCCUGUCCAAGUACCAGGUUCUCGAGUUCCACCCCUUCGACCCUGUCUCCAAAAAGGUCCAGGCCGUUGUCCAGUCUCCCCAGGGCGAGCGCAUCGUCUGCGUCAAGGGUGCUCCUCUGUUCGUUCUCAAGACCGUCGAGGAGGACCACCCUAUCCCCGAGGACGUUGACAAGGCCUACAAGAACUGUGUCGCCGAGUUCGCUACCCGUGGUUUCCGUUCGCUCGGUGUCGCCCGUAAGCGUGGUGAGGGUGCCUGGGAGAUUCUCGGUAUCAUGCCCUGCCUCGACCCUCCCCGUCACGACACUGCUCGCACUAUCAACGAGGCCAAGAAGCUCGGUCUCUCCAUCAAGAUGCUCACUGGUGACGCUGUCGGCAUUGCCCGUGAAACUUCCCGCCAACUCGGUCUCGGUACCAACGUCUAUAACGCUGAGCGCCUUGGUCUCGGUGGUGGUGGUGACAUGCCCGGUUCCGAGGUCUACGAUUUCGUCGAGGCUGCCGAUGGUUUCGCCGAGGUCUUCCCCCAGCACAAGUACUCUGUCGUCGAGAUCCUGCAGCAGCGUGGCUACCUGGUUGCUAUGACUGGUGACGGUGUCAACGAUGCUCCCUCGCUGAAGAAGGCCGAUACUGGUAUUGCCGUCGAGGGUUCGUCCGACGCUGCCCGCUCCGCUGCCGAUAUCGUCUUCCUUGCCCCUGGUCUCGGUGCCAUCAUUGAUGCCCUCAAGACUUCCCGCCAAAUCUUCCACCGCAUGUACUCGUAUGUCGUCUACCGUAUCGCCCUGUCGCUGCACAUGGAGAUCUUCCUCGGCCUCUGGAUCGCCAUCCUCGACCGCUCCCUCAACCUCAACCUCAUUGUCUUUAUCGCCAUUUUCGCCGAUAUCGCCACCCUGGCCAUUGCCUACGACAACGCUCCCUUCUCGCAGACUCCCGUCAAGUGGAACCUGCCCAAGCUCUGGGGCAUGUCCGUUCUGCUCGGCUUGGUCCUGGCCGUUGGUUCCUGGAUCUGCUUGACCACCCUCUACGUUGGUGGCGAGAACGCCGGUAUCACUCAGAACCGUGGUGACAUUGACAUGGUUCUCUUCCUCGAGAUCUCCCUCACCGAGAAUUGGCUGAUCUUCAUCACCCGUGCCAACGGUCCCUUCUGGUCCUCCAUCCCCUCGUGGCAACUCACCGGCGCCAUUCUGGCCGUCGACAUCCUCGCCACCCUCUUCGCUGUCUUCGGUUGGUUCCGUGGCUACCGUCACCGUGUCAACAUUGUCGGUGUGGUCCGUAUCUGGAUCUUCUCCUUCGGUGUCUUCGCCAUCAUGGGUGGUCUCUACUACUUCAUGCAGGGAUCCACAGGCUUCGACAACCUCAUGCACGGCAAGUCGCCCAAGCGCAACCAGAAGCAGCGCUCGCUUGAGGACUUUGAUCCCGAGAAGAAAAAGUACUUUAAGAUUGAAAAGAACCAUACGGCACCCAGCUCCGCGGCAUGGUCGACUGACGCUGUCAAGCGACGCAAGACGCAAGACCAGAUCUCUAAGGCCGCCAGGAGGCGCACCCACGAAACGAGGCGGAAUGUGCAGCGAUGUCUAUACUUUGAGAAUCCCCUCUACGGCGUGUUGGAGAGGGAACUGAGUGGGCCACAUGGAUCCAGGGCACGAGACGUGCGCGCAGGUGUGUGGGCUGGUGAGUUGGACGUAUCCAGGAAGACGACGUUUGGCCGCGAGCGAGGGGACGGCGCAGGCGUGGAGUCCUUUUGCGUUGCUGGGCCUGUGGGGAAGAGGGUACUUUAUGCGUCAACCUUGGAGACGGAACUUGCGGGCGUGCAUGUCGAUGGACGACACCAAGCACGGUUACGGAGAGAACAAGUGCCAACGCCGGGUGUGUCCAAGGUUCGGUAUCACGAGGCCUCGGGGCGGAUGCUGGUCGCCCCCGCAACGGGGAUGGAUCAGUGUUCGCUGACGACGUUUGUGCCGUCGAGAGAUGCCAGGGGGAACUGGCUACCAGGGGAGACGCCUUCCUACCAGCAGCUCUCGAUGCGGCAUCGGGUGUUGAGCGAGUGGUGCACCAAUGCUUUGCUGCCGUCUUCCUUAGACGGUACGCUUGCCUUCCUCGGCACGAACCAAGGAGUCGUACAGGUUUUCGUGCAAGACAGCAUGCGCAUCCUGUCGGGUAAAGAAGGAGAGCAGGGGCCGCCCACAGACGUAUACGCCGUGGAUGCCCAGAAAGAACAACCAAACAUUGUGUUCGCUGGCGGACGCAAGGCCAAGCUGUGGAUGACGGACCUGCGCGAGGGCGGAUGGAAGGGUAUACGGAUGCCGAGUGCGGUGGCCAAGGUGUGCAGCCUGAACGAGCAUCAAGUCUUGGUGUCGGGGCUUGAGUCAACCCUGGCGGUGUAUGACCUCCGCUUUAGCAGGCGAGACUGGCCUCUGGUACGGAUGGAGGAUUUUAGGAAUGAGGUGCACCUGGACGUGGGCAUGGACGUCUCGACGGAGCUGGGCGUGGUCGCUGCGUCGCAUGGCGCGGGCCUCGGGCUGUACUCGUUGGCCAGCGGCAAGAGGGUGAAGUGUCCUGCGCUCGACAACGUGACACUCCGCGCGAAAGAGAUUGCGUUUCACGGCGAUGAGCUCUGGCUCGGGAUGGGCAUGGCCGCUCGGUCCUACGCGUACAGUAGUAAGUAG